AAUAAGUGACCUGAAAACAAGCUGUCAGCGAAGCUGGUGGAAAUGUUCCGUCUCCUCUGCUGUUGCUGCGUCCCCAGCGAUAACCUUAAUGAGAGGCAGCCUCUGCUGCAGCCCGUAUCCUCAGCUGCAAUAAAUGGAGCUGAAUCAGCCAGACAGGCCCCCUCAGCUCACAAUGAUGUGCAGACUGUGAAAAGGAUCGGAAAGCUGAUGAUGAGACGGGUGAAUGUGACAGAUUUGGAUCUGAGGUUUAAUGACAUGGCAGAGAGCUUCAAUGAGCAGCAAAAGCACUAUGAAGCCAUGGUCGAACACAUCAGAAAGCUGAAACAGAUCAGUGGCAGUACAAAUGUUGAUAACCUUGCUUUUGCUGAAUGCAUAGGAAAAAUUAGAAUAGAGCAUGAGAGUACAUACAGGGUGUCUUUGAAGAUGAAGGGCUACGACUUCUCCCUUGUGACAAAUCCAAUUGGCCCAGAGGGAGAAAAUGAGGAGAAACCUCUAUGUCUACAGUCAGCACAGAGUGAAGUCAUGGGCCUUUCUGAUAGAGCCAAAGCCACCAUCUCAAAGGGUACAGCGCUUAUCCAGCUUAUCGAUUGGCUGCUCCGGGGCCACAGCCAAAUGGCCGAGCAAGUAAAGGGUGCAGCAGAAAACUACCAAGAAGAAGGAAGACUGUGUGACAACCUGGAGGAGAACAUGAAGGAAGUGAGGAGGGCGAAGGAGUUAUCGCAAAGAUACAGGCAACAGGCUGGGGAAGUUUACAAUGAAGCUGCACAGAUUGCCGGGAUUGGUAUAUAACUGCUGUCACUUUUUAAAUAAAAUAUGUACAUAUGUUCACACUAUUUUGCAAGAGUUGAAUUACAGGUUUUAGAAAUGUCCUGUUUUUGGGGCAUUUCAUGUCAUUCUACCUGCAAGAUCCUGAAAUGCACUGAAAAUAUAAAUGUUUUAAACAGCAGAAGUACAAACAAAACAUACCCAGACAUUUGGGUAUGGAUGAAACCAAGCUAUAAGGAAGAAUGAAUGACAACAGAUGAAUGCAAAUCUGUAAUAUUUGAAAAGCAUUAGUGAGGGUUUUAAAUGAAAAAUUGUGAUUUAUUAUUGCUUUUUU